GCAGGUGCAGCGCGGCCGGGCGGCUGGCGACGGGGGCACCGCGGCGGCGGGUGGAUGAGAGUUGGCCCCGAUCUCCGCGCAGGGGACCCCGAGCAUCAUGUUAAGGUGAAGCAGAGAAGCUCAGUGCUGAACAUGCUAAGGAGGCUGGACAAAAUCAGGUUCAGAGGUCACAAGAGAGAUGACUUCCUUGAUCUAGCAGAGUCUCCAAAUGCCUCGGAUACCGAAUGCGGAGACGAGAUACCCCUGAAGAUACCUCGGACCUCACCUCGGGACAUUGAGGAGCUGAGGGAUCCUGCUGGUCCAGGGACCCUCAUCAUGGCUGCAGGAGUCCAGGACUUUAACCGCACAGAGUCUGAUCGCCUGAAUGAGAUCAAAGGUCACCUGGAAAUCGCCUUAUUGGAAAAACACUUCUUACAGGAAGAGCUCCGGAAGCUGCGAGAAGAAACCAACUCGGAGAUGCUGCGGCAGGAGCUAGACCGGGAGCGGCAGCGGCGGAUCGAGCUGGAGCAGAAGGUGCAGGAGGUGCUGAAGGCCAGAACUGAGGAACAGACGGCUCAGCAGCCCCCAAAAGGGCAGCCCCAGAUCAACAAUGGAGCAGACCGACGGGGCCAGGGGCUGUCCUCCCGCGUCCAGAAGUGGUUCUAUGAGAAGUUUGGGGAGUACGUGGAGGACUUCCGGUUCCAGCCCGAGGAGAACACCGUGGAGGCCGAGGAGCCCCUCAGUGCCCGCAGGUUAACUGAGAACAUGAGACGGCUAAAGCGAGGUGCCAAGCCUGUCACCAACUUUGUGAAGAACCUCUCUGCCUUAUCCGACUGGUACUCCGUCUACACAUCUGCCAUCGCCUUCACCGUGUACAUGAACGCCGUGUGGCACGGCUGGGCUGUCCCCAUGUUCCUGUUUCUAGCAAUCUUGAGGCUGUCCCUCAAUUACCUCAUAGCCAGGGGCUGGAGGAUACAGUGGAGCAUUGUGCCCGAAGUGUCCGAAGCCGUGGAACCUCCAAAGGAAGAUCUGACUGUGUCUGAGAAGUUCCAGCUGGUGCUGGACGUCGCCCAGAAAGCCCAGAACCUCUUUGGCAAGAUGGCUGACAUCCUGGAGAAGAUCAAGAACCUGUUCAUGUGGGUGCAGCCCGAGAUCACGCAGAAGCUGUACGUGGCGCUGUGGGCUGCCUUCCUGGCCUCCUGCUUCUUCCCCUACCGCCUGGUGGGGCUCGCCGUGGGGCUCUACGCAGGCAUCAAGUUUUUCCUCAUCGACUUUAUCUUUAAACGCUGCCCACGACUGCGAGCCAAGUACGACACGCCCUACAUCAUCUGGAAGAGCCUCCCCACCGACCCCCAGCUCAAGGAGCGCUCCAGCAGUGCCGCCGCCGUGUCGCGCAGGCUGCAGACAGCCGCAUCGCGGAGCUACGUGUCCAGUGCGCCUGCCAGCCUGAGCAGAGAGGAUGACGCCGGCCGCUUCCACAGCACCAAGAAGGGCAACUUCCACGAAAUCUUCAACUUGACCGAAAAUGAGCGUCCCCUGGCGGCGUGUGAGAACGGCUGGCGCUGCUGCCUGAUCAACAGGGACCGGAAGAUGCCCACGGACUACAUCAGGAACGGGGUCCUGUACGUGACGGAGAAUUACUUGUGCUUCGAGAGCUCCAGGUCUGGGUCUUCGAAGAGGAAUAAAGUCAUCAGGCUGGUGGACAUCACAGACAUCCAGAAGUACAAGGUCCUGUCUGUCCUGCCAGGCUCAGGCAUGGGGAUUGCCGUAUCGACGCCAUCAACCCAGAAACCGCUCGUGUUCGGAGCCAUGGUGCACAGAGACGAGGCCUUCGAGACCAUUUUCAGCCAGUACACGAAAAUCACGUCCGCAGCAGCCUCCGGCGGUGACAGCUAGUACUGGCUUUCCUGGAACGCGGCUGGAAUUCUUUUCUGAACAACGUGGUGGUGGAGAAACAUUGAACAUCCCCAUGAUCUUUUGCAAUAAUUCCCUUUGGUCUCUAUUGUUUCGACCCCUGCAUUCUGCAGACCCCUUUGCGGGGGGUCUGGGGCUCACAGGGUACCAGGCUGCCACCUGCCCCAGUACCUCAGACACCUCUGUUGGACACCUGUGGACACAGCAGGGCAGAGGACCCACGAGGGACACGCCGCCCAGCUCCCUUGUCUCCACCCAACCUGGGUAGAGAAAUCCGGCACCGGCCACCCAGGAGGCUCUCAUGACCCCGUGUCCCCAGCUCUCUGGAGGACAGAUUUUCCACCACCAAAGCCAUAGCCGAGGAGCAUUUGUGGCUCUUCCUCCUGGGUCAGUGAGACGUCAGUGAGGAGAGAGUGACAUGGAGGUCCCUUCAGCAGCCACCGCAAGCUGGGCGCCGUGGUCUUCCUCCUGCCUUCAGAGGGACCCUUGGGGCAGGGGUGUGACAUCCUUGGUUCGUGCUCUGUCCGUGCUCCAAACGUGGGAGCAGUGGGGGCUGGCGGGGGCCCUCGGGGCUGGCGUGUCUGGUGCCCUCUCCCUCUCACCAGUUGGUGACCAGUGGGCACAGAAGGGCGUGUAGGUAAAAGCACAUCUUUUUCACACUUGGCUCUUUGGAAAGGCCUAGGAGAACACCUGCGAAGGCUUUUGGGGUGCUCUGCGCUCUGGUUGCUCACAGAUGGAAAUCAGCCAUAGCCUGGCCGGCAGCCGGCCUCCGGGCUGCAGCCACCUGGGGUGCUGGGGCAGGGGUGGCCCAGGCUCUGGAGUUCCUGUCCAUGUGGGCUGCCAGGGGACUUGGGAGGUCCCUCUGUUUCGGGAAGUGGCUGAGAGCAGAGCCCAGAGGCUUGGGGCUGGGGCCGGCUGCACCCUGGCCCCUGACAACAUUCCCUCUUUCCACGCUUGAGAAAACGUGCUCCCUGGGAAAAAGGUGGCUCCCGUGGGAGCGUCUUGCAGGCCCAGCUUAUUCUGGGGUGUCUGCGUUUGGUUUUGACAUGAGAGGGAGGCCAGCACAGGCCCGCGGCCUCUUUGGAGGCCGUGACAAGCUCCCGGGCUGCACAUCUUCCAGGGCGCAUUACUCUAGUUCCUUCAGCUUGUCCUAAGUCCCUUGGGUGUCAUUGAGAUUGUUGUUUUUUGAAGAAACAGAAGAUUAUAUUUUUUACAGAGAGCAAGCUGUUUUUCUUAUUUUUGUAUCAUUUUUCAGGUGUAAUUUUUACCUUUGCUCUGAUCCUCAUUUGCUGGUUUGGGUGAGAGACCCAGUGGCCUGGGUUUGUGUCACCCUCUCCAUGGGGGCCGUAGGGUCACACGCUGGUGCUGGGAGCUGCUUCCGGGGAGAGCCACGCCGACCAGCCGGAUUAAGCACACAUCCCACCCUAGAUGGCAAAGCUCCCAGGCCUCCCCCCGGCUGCCGGACUGUGGCAUCUGGUGACCACACGCCAGCCUUUUCUAAAUGAAGGCGGAACCCCGCUGAAACCAUGGCUUGGCCCCUACGGUUGACCGACACACCCCAAUGGGACAUCCCCCUCAUUGCCUGAGGUGAGGCAGGCUAGGCCCAGACCUGUCCGCCGGGGUUGAUGCCCACGGGUGACGGUCAAACUCCUCUCCUGGGGCGCUGGCAGUGCCAAAGGGUGGGUUCUGGGGGCCUCGGGGUCAGUGAGCACCUUUCUAGGUAGUCUGGGAUUCUGUCCCCAAGCACAGUAGGUAGGGGCCCUGCAGGAGAAUGGGGCUUCUUUAAAGAGUGGGGCGGUUUAGUUUGAGUCCCUUUUGAAGAGAAAGGGAGAUGAAAACUGACCACGUUCUGGGGUGUGGCUCGGGACUCCUGCCCAGGGUGGCCCAGGGUGCACAGGAGAUGAGGACCCGGCUGGGGGUGCCGCUGGCCCGUAGCAGGUCCUUCGUAGGAACCCCAGCAGCAGAGGCCUCUGCCAGGUGCGGGGCGCAGACCUGUGCAGGCUCUGGGCUCCCUGUCAGAGAGAAGCUGUAGUUUUUACUGAAUUGUGUAAAUCUGGGCAGAUAUUUAAUUUCUACAACUAAUCGCUGAACUAGAAUGAAUGUUACUUUUUUUAUGUCUGAAGGCUGAGUCUAUUUUGGAUCUGUAAAUAAUCGUUACCAGUGUAACUUUUGUUCCACAAAAAGAUUGUACUGUAUGAAGAACUGAUCAAAAA